UAUUAUUAUUAUUAUUAUUAUUACAAUCGUCACUAUCAAAUUUGAGGUGAAAAAUCGAAUUGAACAGAACCUACUGUAGUACUGUACCGCUGCGACUCGUAGUAAAUAGUAUUAUUUACGCACAGUAAAUAAUAAUAAUUGAUAUUAGUUGCUGUACAUAUUACACUUGUACACGCGUCCUUUUUGCAAUCAUCUUAUCGUCGUGUCGUACGUGUGCACGACUAACGAAAUCGCGAUACCGAAAAGUUCUGAUCUGUAUAUCACUAUUAUUAUAUUUUCGCUCGAUAUUUUCCGUACGCGAUAGACGCGCGUGUCGGCGGAAAACGGUCGCGUCGCGGGCGAAAUACGCCGCCGCCGCCGCCGCGGUAAAACGGCGCCCCGAGCGCGACAAAUGCGACGCGCUCGUCCUCGAGACAGCGGACAGCCGAGAGCAGACGCCGCCGCCGCGGGCCCGUUUUGCCUCGAAUGAUGUGGUCGAGUCGAAGGUGGCAAUUGGACUACCACACAACGACGAUUACGGUGUCCACUACCAGACCAUCAUCGCGGUCCGCUCGCCAUAGUCGGGUCGCACUACAAUAACUGUCAUCGCUAAUACACGCACAACACCUGCAUAAAUGACCAACGAUAUGGCUUUCAACGAAAAAGUCGACCCAGAGCUCAUAUUUACCAAACAAGAACGUAUUGGUAAAGGCUCAUUUGGUGAAGUUUUCAAAGGUAUAGACAACCGAACACAACAAAUUGUGGCCAUUAAAAUAAUUGAUCUGGAGGAGGCUGAAGAUGAAAUUGAAGACAUCCAACAAGAAAUAAUGGUUUUAUCUCAAUGUGACAGUCCGUUUGUCACCAAAUAUUUUGGUUCCUAUUUAAAAGGCACUAAGCUAUGGAUUAUUAUGGAAUAUCUUGGUGGUGGGUCAGCUCUUGAUUUAAUGAAAGCUGGUAAUUUUGAAGAAAUGCAUAUUGCCAUUAUACUUAGAGAAGUCUUAAAAGGUCUUGAUUAUUUACAUUGUGAACGAAAAUUACACAGGGAUAUUAAAGCGGCAAAUGUUCUGUUAAGUGAAAUUGGUGAUGUAAAAUUAGCUGAUUUUGGUGUUGCUGGUCAAUUGACAAAUACAACUAGUAAACGGAAUACAUUUGUUGGUACACCAUUUUGGAUGGCACCUGAAGUUAUUAAACAAUCUGCAUAUGAUUCCAAGGCGGAUAUUUGGUCAUUAGGAAUAACAGCUAUAGAAUUAGCCAAAGGUGAACCACCUAAUUCUGAGCUACAUCCAAUGAGGGUAUUAUUUUUGAUUCCAAAAAAUAAUCCUCCUCAACUGACAGGAAAUUAUACUAAACAAUUUAAAGAAUUUGUGGAAGCGUGUUUAAAUAAAGAUCCUGAAAACAGACCAACUGCAAAAGAACUAUUAAAAUUUCCAUUCAUCAGAAAAGCUAAAAAAAGUUCAUAUCUGGUAGAUCUUAUUGAUCGUUACAAAAAAUGGAAAUCUCAACGUAAUGAAGAGAGUGAGACCGAAUCAGAAAAUUCAGAUGUGGAAGAUUCUGGUAAAAAUGACAGUGAUUUAGAUGAACCAUGGAUCAUGACUGUUAGAGGACCUAAUUCUUUAAAGCCCUUAUUAAAUUCUAAUCCUGAAUCAAGCUCUGCUUCACAAUCUCAAUUGUUAUCCAAGAAAACUCAACAGAAUGGAUCAUUACAAUCAUCUAAAAAAUCAUCCAAUCACAAAUCCAAUAAUGUUGAAUCAAAUUUGAUUGUUUCUCAUGUUCAUGGAUCCAAAAAUUUGGACAAACGUAAUUCAAAUUCCAAAGAAAUUGAAACAAAACGCAAUGUUACUCGCAUGUCAGAACAUACAGAUAAUAAGAAACAGCCUGUUCAUCCCAAGACUAACCAAAAUCAUAACAACUCGUGCUGGUCUCCGUGCCUUUCCCUUUUAAUAUUUCCUUUGAUAUCUGAGUUACAAAAGAGAUAUCGUUACAAAAAUGAUGUUUCCUAUAAGAUUGACGCUAUUGAAGAGUUAAAAAACUCUUUUGAAUUGGCUGAACGUGCAAGCCCAGGAAUAAGUGAUCAGUUUCUCAGGGAAAUGAUACACAAAUUAUUACCAUCAUUAUCAGAACAGAGAAUAUCGAACAUGCUAGAUCAUAUGAUUAGGGACAAACAUUGAUGACAGCUAAACAUAUUUUUUUCACAUUAUUAUUUCGUUAUAGUAUUCUCAUGAACGUUCUAGCCAAUCAGUUUAAUCAGACAAUAAAUAUAAAAUUCAUCUUUAAAAUUACUUAUGAUUAUUAUUAUUAAUUUUGUUUAUUUUUUUUUUCAUUUAUGUGUUAUACUGUGAGUUUUUAAAUUCUAGUUAUUAUUAUUAAUUUUUUUUUUUUUUUUGUUUAUAUUUUGAACUGUUGUAUGAUUGAUGUGUCAUAAAUUUGUUUAAUUCAGAUCCUAAGAUGUUUUGUAGGGUAUUAGUGUUAAAUUUUGUGAGGGCGACUCAAAUGAAUAGUAUUAAUUAUGAACCCUCAGGAAUACGCGUUUAACACAUUAUCAUUAUUAUUAUUAUUAUUAAUAUUAUAUAUAUAUUUUUUUUUACUAUGUUAAGUAAAUAUAUUUAAAAAAAAUUUUGUUGAAAAUUUAGAAUAUUAAUUGAAAUUAUUUUUAUAAUAUCAGAGUAAAUGAAAGUAAAAAUGCUUAUAUAUUUAUUUUUACAAAAUCAGAUCAAUAGAUAUUUUAUUUAUGGCCCACAACCAAUUCUAUAUUGUUGUUAAUUAUUUCUUCAUUAAAUUUAAAAUUUUAAGCAUACAAUAUAAUAUAAUUGUUUAACACAGUAUUUAAUUUAUUAAAAUUGGAUUAUCACA